AACACAAGUGUGUGUGCUAAUGGACCGUCUGGACUGCUUGGCCAGUAACAUUACAAUAUCUGGUUUUCACGACGCGUCGUUGAAGUUGUUCGUGUAUAUGGACCCACCAGGAGGAAUAUAAUUUUAGUAAAAAUAAUGGUCAAAAAGGAUUACAUUAAUUACUUUUUUCUAGUGAUGGCAGAAGUCAUCUUAUGUUCUGAUGUAGCUAUUGAGGACACUGCAAUAUCCAGACAGGAAAGAAGUCUCGUAUUCGGCAAGAGUGGCCAAAUACAGUUGACGGCAGGCUUCGACUUACCGGUGAUGGUGAACAACGUGACGGUGUCGGCGUCGUGGAACGUUCAGGCGACCUACCUGCUGCCCACCAAUGCCACGGAGUUCUCGUACCCGUACACGACCAGCGGGCGCGGGCGAGACCGGCGCAGCCCCUGGGCCGCAAGUCGCUGGCAAGUGUACUCGUACCUGGAGCAGGCACUGACGGACCACGAGCUGGACGGGCGAGCGUGCCUGCUGCGGAGCGUGUGCGAGGCGGCGCGCGUGCCGCUGCACACGGCGGGACCCGGCAGCCUGCUGGAGGAGGUGCUGCACAUUCUGCUCACGCCAUCGGAGGACGCGGAGGACGCGGAGUGCGCGGAGUGCGCGGAGUGCGCGGAGUGCGGAGGGCAGGACUUAUUGAGCGCCGAGGAGGCGGGGCGGCGCGACCAAGACUGCGGCCAGCUGUUCGUGGCAUGUCCUUGGUCGCUGCUGGACCUGCUGUCCGUCACCGCGGGCUGAAACCCGGGCCCUCCUCCGCCUGCUUUCGCCGCACAGUGACGGUGAUGCGAUCACAACAGUGAUCGCGGGUGACGCGAUGCGAAUUAAAUAAUUCUUUGACCAGCCAAGCUUGGCACACCAGUGGACAGACAGUCGUUCCGUUUAGACAUUUGUUACUGCACGACACAAUUAUGCACGUAAAUGGUUUAAUAUAUAUAUUUUUUUGUCCGGUUAGUUAGUUCAUCGUAAAACAUAAUGUCUUAACCGUCAAGACCUCGGAGCUGCGAGUGUUCUACCAUUACUUAUGUCCAGUUUAUAUUUAAAAAUAUUUUACUAAACAUUAAUCAAAUUACUGUUGUAUAUUGUUAUUAAAACUAUAAGAUUUUAAA